AUGGGUGCUUUUCAAGAAUUAAUGGCCAUAAGAGGUGUCAAUCCUCCAAAAGAUGAAGAAGUUCAUAUUACUGGCUCUGACCCUAUAUACAAAACACCAUUCAAACUAGGUGAAACCACUGCUCAAGUCUUAGCUGCAUGUGGUGUUGCUGCCAAUGAUCUCUGGGAAUUGAAAACAGGUAAUCGUCAAAAAGUUUCUGUUUCUGUCGAAGCUGCUGCUGGUGGAUUAGAUGAAAAAAACAAUAGUUUAGCAAAAGACAAUAAUGGUCAAUAUCAACGUAUUGAAGGCUCAGAAUCUAUGAAACAUAUGGUUCGUAUGACUCAACCUUGGGAAACUGCAGAUAAGAAAUGGUUCCUACCUCAUACAAAUUUGAAACAUUUAGAAGAACGUGUUUUAAAAGUUCUUGAAUGUGAAAGUACUGUUGAAUCUAUUCAAAAUGCAAUCUCCAAAAGAAAUGCUCAAGAAUUAGAAGAUUCAAUUGCAAAUGCAAAUGCCUGUGGUGGUAUUUGUAACACUGAAGAAGAAUGGUUAAAACACCCUCAAGGAUCAUAUUUGUCAUCUGUCCCAGUUGUGGAGAUUGAUCGUUUGUUUGAUAGUGCUAAAGAAUCAUUGCCGGAUAAUAAUGAUAUGCCACUUUCUGGAAUACGUGUUUUAGAUUUGACAAGAAUUCUCGCUGGUCCAGUAUGUGGUCUUACAUUAGCUGAAUUAGGCGCUGAUGUAUUAAUGGUUACAGCUGAAAAAUUACCACAAGUUAAUGAAUUUGUUCGUGAUACAAGUCAUGGUAAACGUUCAUGCUUUUUGGAUUUGAGUAAAGACGAAGAUGCAUCCAAAUUAAAAGAGUUGGUGAAAGAAGCUGAUAUCAUAAUAGAUGGAUACAGACCAGAUAGAUUAGCCGCUUAUGGGUUCGGUGUCGAAGAUCUUGCAAAGUUAAGACCUGGUUUAAUUCAUGUUUCAAUCAAUUGUUUUGGAUCUGGUGGACCUUUUGGUUCUAGAGCUGGAUGGGAUCAAGUCGCUCAAGCCGUAACUGGUAUGUGUGUUAAGCAAGGUGAGGCUAUUGGAUCUAAUAAACCAGAAUUAACACCAGUAUUCGCAUGUGAUUAUGUUUGUGGACGUUUAGGUGCUUUUGGUGCAAUGUUGGCAUUGAAAAGAAGAGCUGAAAAUGGUGGGUUCUAUUCUAUUCAAGUAUCUUUAUGUCAAGCUGCAAUGUUACUACAAAGACAAGGAUAUGUUAACAAUUUUGAAGAUGUAUUGGGUAAGAUCUCAGAGAAAACAUAUGAAGAAUAUCAAGUUUUCGAAAAUGAUACUAGUUAUGGUGAUCUAAAAGUAUUAGGACCAGUUCUUAAAUUGUCUGAAACUCCUUGUAAAUGGGUUAGAAAAACACCUAAAUUAGGUGAGCAUGAAGCCAAAUGGUGA